AUGCAUUCUGCCUCUCUCUUUAUCUUCUCCUUGUUUCUCUCAGCAAUUACUGCUAAAAAAAAUAAAAAACGAAACGUCACCACCACCAACGAAACCAAUCACCGAACUGCACCACCGUUACAAAAUGCCGCAACCGCUAACUUAACGCCGCCGCAAAAUUCUUCACCACAAGCUUACGAAACUCCGACGACGUUGACGGAUACGGAGAUGGAGAUACAGAAAAACGAAAGUAACACUGCAUUGAGUCGUCGAAUCGUCGUUCGCGUUGCCAUUUCUCUCUUGUGUGGUAUAUUCUUUUUCUUUUCAUUAUUUCUUCAACCACUGUUCUUUUUCUUUUUAUUAAUUGCAAGUUUGCAACAAGAAAAUGAAGCUUUUAAUUUUUAUAAAUUAGAAUGA